CGUGUCGUCACUCAAAAACUUCGAUCCGAAGUCAGUCACAAACAAUUUACUAUCGAGUGUAAUCGCCUUUUGUGUCUUUUAUACUUAAAAUCAUUGCGAAAUCGCGUAUUUGUAGUGCUAAAACUUUAUUAGAACUGCGAAAAAUUUGUUAUUCCGUAUCACCGGUUGGAUAAUAAACGGAUUGUCAGUGCCUCAAGUGUUAUAAAAAAGUGUGGUGUCUUCAAAUGAAACAGUAAUUGCUGUUUUCCAUUGGUUUUUACCUCUUUUAUUGGAUAUCUUUCGUUAACUGAAGACUGCCGUUUUCAAGGUCACGCUCUUGCCCAUUUAGGUUUAUCCAACUAGUGUGGACCAAUUGGCGCGAAGCCAAAAAGAACUCACAAUUUAUCCUAGUGACUCAGUGACAAUGUGUUCCUACAAAAUGUGCCUAGACAACCGAGAAAACUUUACCAGGCAUUUGUGACACGUCUUCAGGAUGUCACCUGACAAGCGCAAACGGAAGAUCGUCUUCGAUUGCCAUCCGGACCAAAGGACUUGACUCUUAGCCAGUGUUAAAAUUUAAAAAAAAAUAUAUACUAAAACCUAUUCGGUUAUGAUCUCAUUAUCUUAGUGCUCAACCCAAACAAAGACUGAAUACGAAUAAGUGUAAAAGAAACCAAUAAACAUGAUCGCCUUAAAGAAACUGUAUGGAGAUGAACUCCUCCGUUUAGCUUUAGUCCUUAGUCUCUUAAGAGCGAGUCCUGAAGAGUAUCUCGAGCUUGAGACCCAGCAACUAGCGGGUCUCCACAUCUCUAAUGGGUCAGAUUGGUCCUUGGAACACGAAGCGAGGACGUUGAUACGCCCGAGGUUUGUCCACCCGAAAUCUUUGGACCACAUAUUGGUUAACUACGAAAGGCAACUGUUCGAGGAGCUAAAUUCCCUCGGGCGGUACAAUCACUUGGCGAACAAUGACCGGAUAUGGUAUAAUCAGGGUUCAGUUCAUACAUAUUUAGUUAAUAAUGUUGCGACGGACACAGUCGCGCCCGGGCUCGUCCAGGAGGAGGUCCUCAAUGAGCCCUCCGAAGACAAUGUGUCCUCAGACGACAAUGUCGCUCAGGAGGUGAAAGUUGAGGAGGAAUCAUCUCAAGCAGAGACGCAAUCCCCUCCAGAUGCAGUGGUGACGUUAUCCGCCAAUUUUUUCGAAAACCACACCGAAGCGGACAUUUUCGCUGAAAUAGCGAGCAGAUCUUUCGAUGUCAACGAACUUCUAGUCCCCAACGAGAUGCAGAUCAAAAAGGAACCUGAUUCAGACGAAGAUCUGAUGGCCAAGAUCAAGAAGGAAAGAGAUGAAAGAGAAGCAGAUGAUCUAUACAGUGACAAUGCCAUUGAUGAUUUUAUCCCGUAUUUCACGACUAAAGCAGAAAAACUGGAUUAUGAGGAAUCGAAUUCUGUAUUCCACCAGAAUCUUGCCGAUUUACAGGACUAUGGAGAACUUUUUGAUGAUGUUAAGGAACUCAAACAAGAUCUUGAGUACUUGGAUGUCAAACAGCAACAGGACAAUUUGGAGCAAUACCUUCUUGAAAAUACACCUUUGGAUACAGAAGUGUAUGAGUUGGCGCCAAUGUUUGAAGAGGAGUUGGUGUUGGACGUGAAGAGGGAAAGAGCAAGCACUAGUUUCACGUCCGCGAGUUCUAGUGGUGUGAGUGAGAUGGAUAGUUCUUCGCUGAAAGAGAUGCCAGAUGUCAAGUUGGAGCCUGAUGAAGGCCAUCACAGUGGCGACGAAUUGACGCAAGAGGAUAUGGACCUGAUCGAGGUGCUAUGGAAGCAGGAUGUGGACAUGGGCUUCUCCCUCGAGGACCCUGUGCAACUGGAGGGUCCUCAAGCAAAGAAGGUGGAGCUGGAAGGCCAGAUCGACAAGGAGCUGAAGCUGGCAGAGGAGAAGUUACAGAAGAAGAAAGAAGAGACCCAGAACAUAGAGAAGGUCAAGGCUUCCUUGCUGGAGACUGAGAAAGAGGAUGAUCCGUGGGCAGGCCUCUCCUACACCGUUGACACUGAGACCGGUGAAUACGUGAUCCAAGGUGAGCUUCCACGUGACCUGGUCGAAGAAUCGCGCUUCGAUCUGCUGGAAGAGGCUCUCCAGCUGGUAGAGCUUAGGGACGAGGCCGACACCAAGGAUGAGCAGACUCAGGCGGUAGAGGGCAGCAGCACGAGCGAGAUGCUGCACCCGGCGAUGCGGCAUGUGCCGCACCACCCACUGGCCCACUACCACAAUCAGUCGCUCAUGCGCUCUAUGUCAGUAGAGCAAAGGUGGAAUGACCUCGCCUCGUUUCUGACCAUCCCGCCAGACCAGUACCAGCCCUACCACCAGCAUCCGCACCCGCACCCGCAUCCGCAUCCGCACGCGCAUCCGCACAAUAUCAGCCAUGGCGCGGCGGCGGCCUACGCACCCAACUACCACGCACCCUUGGCUCCCGUGCCCGAAAAACACCAUGAAUCUUAUGGCGCCGCAGCACCCCUGGAGGGGACGUACAAAGUGGAGUCAGCCCAUCACCCGCAGCACCACGAUGGACUGUACUACCAGAACUCCACGAGCGAGAUGGGGCCGCCCAACCAGGACGGGUUCCUGCAAUCCAUCCUCAAUGAUGAGGACUUGCAGCUCAUGGACAUGGCGAUGAACGAAGGCAUGUACACAAUGCGUAUGCUGGACGGCGCGUCGUCGGCGCACGUCUCUGCGUCUCACAAUCACACGCACAUGCCUAUGACCACCGAGCGCGACUCGGCAUCAGAUAGUGCCGUGUCGUCGAUGGGGUCGGAACGAGUGCCGUCUCUGUCUGACGGGGAGUGGUGCGACGGCAGCGAUUCUGCGCAGGAGUUUCACAGUUCUAAAUUCCGGCCGUAUGACAACGCGUAUGGCCGCGAGCGAACGUCGCACGCGCCGCAGAAAAAACAUCAUAUGUUCGGCAAACGGUGCUUCCAGGAACAACCGGCCGCCCCCUUAGAGCCUAUAGUUCCGUCGCGACCUCCUGGUGUAAUUAAGUAUGAAUGCGAACCGACAUACCACGAUAACAUGCAUAUGCACAAUGUGGAGUACAACUCUCGGCCACAACUAGCACCGCCGCACGUGCCAGCCUUACAGCCAGCAUUGGACAUCAACUCGCCGCACUCUAGCCACACGUUACUACAGAGUACAGUACCGAGUCCGGGUCCCAGGUUCGGGUUCGGGUCGGACCGAGUGCGACACAACCACACCUACAGCGCGCCGCUGCCGGCCGAGCGGCAGCCGCCACGAGAUAAGAGAGUCCGUCGACUAACGGAUGGCAGCACGUCCGACAGCGGGUGCGGCGGCGGGUCACAUCUCUCGCGGGACGAGAAGCGAGCUAAAGCAUUGGGCAUUCCCUUAGAAGUCCAGGACAUUAUAAAUCUCCCGAUGGAUGAGUUCAACGAGCGUUUGUCCAAACACGACCUGAGCGAGGCGCAACUGUCCCUUAUAAGGGACAUUCGGCGCAGGGGGAAGAAUAAGGUGGCAGCCCAAAACUGUCGGAAACGAAAACUGGACCAAAUAACCUCCCUGGCUGACGAGGUACGCACGGUGCGCGAUCGCAAGGCGCGCACGCAAAGAGACCACCACUCCUUAUUGGCUGAAAGACAACGUGUGAAGGAGCGAUUCGCUGCGCUGUACCGACAUGUAUUCCAGAACCUUCGCGAUCAAGACGGCAGGCCGCUAUCGUCAGCUCAAUAUUCCCUGCAGCAGGCGGCCGACGGAAACGUCGUGCUGGUACCCAAGAUGCAGCACUCUGAUCACCCUAUGAACCGCGCGUCGGACGAAGAUCUAGAUCGCAAGGCAAAGAACUACGAACAGUGACAUCCGCUACACACACAGACACACACUCAUACAUACUACUGACAUACUGGUGAAUCACACGUUGAGCAAACCUAGAGUUUUUGUGAAAAAUGAAUAAAAUCUUUGUUUCUUUUUUCUCUCUCGUCUGGCUUUACAAAGAUUAGCCAAUGUCAAGUUUGUAGUUAUUUGUAACAAGUUAGGGAA